AUGUCGGCUAGCUUAAAAUCACAAGAAGCGCCUAAAGGUCCGGAUGUAGUUUUUGGAACAACUCAAAAUCGUUCCCUUUUUACCGAGAAACCUCUAACGAAUCGAUUAGGAGGGGAAACAGCAUUUCAUCAUGAUUCCCAUCUUGGACCUGGUUGUUACGAGAAUGAUGAAAUGACACGAUCAUUGGCAUUGCUAGCGAAUCAUGUAGAAAGUAAUCGAGGUUAUGGAUUUUCUAGUCGGUCAGCGGCACGAUUUCCUAAACCCCACAUAAAUGAUUUUCCUAGCCCAGCAGAAUAUCAGAGACCCAAAUUAACGGUUGCAAAGCCGGCAUAUAAGCCAUUUAAUACUGCCAUGAAGUUGCCGCAGAUAAAGUUGUUUAUAACUCUAUAUGAAUGCUGA